UUUUCCGCGUUACUUUCUUUCGCUUCUUCAUUCGGUGUGGAAGCCGCUGGUGCAGGACACACGCUUGAACAUCCUUAUUGUUAAGCCGCCGCAUAACUGGACUUGUUUUGUUGUUGUUGUUGUUGUUGUUGUACUUUCUGUUCUGCGUUCCCGCUUAUACACCAGCAUCUCCUGUAUCAGUGCGAGUUCUUUCCCUUACACCUCCUGGUGCACAACCGUGAGCUUUCUCGCCAUCCGCACAGGGAGUAGUUUUUCCUCCCGUACGGCGGAACGAAAACCCAUGCGGUUGCCCCUCUUCCGUUCACAAAUCCUGCCGUAAACUCCCCUCUCCUGGCCCCUAUGGCUGCGUUCCCAAACCCGCGUGUUAUCUACUGUAUUGUGUGAACCUGGUCCUCGUGCAAUGAGCGCGUGCACCCUGAUCACUCCGCGCUGUAUACAGGGGCUCGGGGCAGCGGCGCUGCAGGACAGGCGGAACGCACGUGCACCAUCGGAGCUCUGAUCACUGGAGGAAAAGUGCACUGAUGAAACGCUUUAUUGUGUGAAAACAGAAAAGAAAUUGGUAAAGCGACUGGAAGAAAAGCACCGCUGUGGCUGAGAGCAAAGUUUCAGAAACUUCUGUUCAGACUCGGCUGUUAUAUCCAAAAGAACUGUGGAAAGUUUUUAGUUGUGGGCCUUUUAAUAUUUGGAGCUUUCGCUGUAGGUUUGAGGGCAGCUAAUCUGGAGACCAACGUGGAGAACCUCUGGGUGGAAGUGGGUGGCAGGGUAAAUCAGGAGCUUAAAUACACACGGCAGAAUAUCGGCGAGGAGGCCAUGUUUAACCCUCAGCUAAUGAUCCAGACUCCACGGCAGCACGGUGCUAACAUCCUGACAGUGGAGGCACUCAAGCAGCACCUGGACUCUGCCAUUAAAGCAAGCAGAGUGCAUGUUUACCUGUACAGCAGGAAAUGGAAAUUAGAUCACUUAUGCUACAAAUCAGGAGAACUCAUCACAGAAAACAAUUUUGUGUACCAGAUCAUUGAAAAUCUGCAUCCGUGUCUGAUCAUCACUCCUCUUGACUGCUUCUGGGAAGGUGCUAAGCUACACUCAGGCAUUGCCUAUCUCCCUGGUAGACGCGCUCUACAGUGGAUGAACUUUGACCCAAUGGAGCUGAUUGCGGAUAUGCAGACCAAGACCAAAAUUGUGGGCAGUUGGGAAAAAAUACUGGCCAAGGCCGAGGUGGGCCGUGGCUACAUGGACCGUCCCUGUAUCAACCCUGCUGACCCAGACUGCCCAUUAUCAGCUCCCAAUAAAAACUCCACACGGCCAUUGGAUAUUGGCCGAGUGUUAACCGGUGGCUGUCAUGGCGUCUCGAAAAAGUAUAUGCACUGGCAGGAGGAGCUCAUCAUCGGAGGAACCACAAAAAACGAUAGCGGCAGGCUUCUCAGUGCCCAGGCUCUGCAGACCAUGUUCCAGCUUAUGACACCUAAACAGAUGUACGAGCACUUUAAGGGCUACGAUGAGGUCUCGCACCUGAACUGGAACGAGGAGAAAGCGUCUGCCAUCCUGGAAGCUUGGCAGAGGAAGUACUCUGAGGUGGUCCAGCAGAGUGUGUCUAUCAACUCCUCUCAGAAAGUACUGACGUUUACCACCACUACUCUAGAGGACAUCCUUAAAUCCUUCUCAAGCGUCAGCGGGAUCCGGAUCGCCAGUGGUUACCUGCUCAUGCUUGCCUACGCAUGCCUGACCAUGCUACGCUGGGACUGUGCCAAAUCCCAGGGAGCGGUGGGGCUGGCUGGAGUGCUGCUGGUCACUCUGUCUGUCGCUGCCGGACUUGGUCUCUGUUCUCUCAUUGGCAUGACCUUUAACGCUGCUACCACUCAGGUGCUGCCAUUCCUUGCUCUCGGCGUUGGAGUGGAUGAUGUCUUUCUUCUCGCUCAUGCUUUCAGCGAAACCGGCCAGAACAGGAGAAUCCCAUUUGAGGACCGUACAGGCGAGUGUUUGAAGAGAACAGGGGCCAGCGUGGCUUUGACCUCCAUCAGUAACAUCACUGCUUUCUUUAUGGCUGCACUCAUUCCCAUUCCAGCACUCCGGGCGUUCUCUCUACAGGCUGCAGUUGUGGUGGUGUUUAACUUCGCCAUGGUGCUGCUCAUCUUUCCCGCUAUACUCAGCAUGGACUUGUAUCGCAGAGAAGAUCGCCGCUUUGACAUCUUCUGCUGUUUCAUCAGCCCGUGCUCUAACCGUGUAAUCCAGCUGGAGCCCCAGGUGCUGGGCGAUGUAGGCCACUGCACACCUCCUCCCUCCUACAGCAGCCACGGCUUCUCUCAGCACACACACAUCACCAUGCAGUCGACGGUGCAGCUGCGCACCGAGUACGACCCGCGCACGCAAGCCUACUACACCACCGCCGAGCCGCACUCCCGUAUCUCCGUGCAGCCCCUCCAUCCCAACCACAACAACAACAACAACAACAACAACAACACCAGCUCCACACGAGACCUCCUGAACCAGUCCGGCGAGGUGGCAUCAGGGCACACGGAGCCAUCCUGUUCACGCUGGACCUUCGCGUCGUUUGCAGAAAAACACUACGCGCCCUUUCUGCUGCAGCCCACCACAAAGGUGGUGGUGAUUGUGCUCUUCCUGGCACUGCUGUGUGUCAGUCUGUACGGCACCACACGGGUAAGGGAUGGCCUCGAGCUGACAGACAUUGUACCGCGCGAGACGGCCGAGUACGACUUCCUGGGUGCGCAGUUCCACUACUUCUCCUUCUACAACAUGUACGUGGUGACACAACGUGCAGACUACGCCCAGGCCCAGCCUCUGCUCUACGAGCUCCACCAGCGCUUCGGCACGGUCGGAUACGUGCUCCGUGACGAACGGGGACACCUGCCUCUCAUGUGGCUCCACUACUUCCGUGACUGGCUGCAAGGUCUCCAGGAUGCCUUCGAUAAGGACUACGAGGCAGGCAAGAUCACCCAGAAGGACUACGAAAACGGCUCGGACGACGGCGUACUGGCGUACAAGCUCCUGGUGCAGACGGGAUCCCGAGAGAAGCCGAUCAACCUCAACCUGCUCACCAGACACCGGCUGGUGGAUGCAGAUGGGAUUAUUAACCCCAAAGCUUUCUACAUCUACCUGACUGCAUGGGUCAGUAAUGAUCCAGUGGCCUAUGCAGCUUCUCAGGCCAACAUCCGGCCUCAUCCUCCGGAGUGGAUCCACGACCGCACCGACUCAAUUUCCAUCAGCAGGCUCACGAUUCCUGCGGCAGAACCUAUUGAAUACGCACAGUUUCCCUUCUACCUCAACGGGCUGCGCGAGACGCCCCAGUUUGUGGAGGCCAUCGAGAGCGUUCGCGCCAUCUGCAACAACUACAGUCGCCUGGGUGUACCCAGCUACCCAAACGGAUACCCAUUCCUGUUCUGGGAGCAGUAUGUCGGCCUGCGCCACUGGCUGCUGCUCUUCAUUAGCGUGGUGCUUGCUUGCACCUUUCUCGUGUGUGCUGUCUUCUUGCUUAACCCCUGGACCGCUGGCAUUAUUGUGUUGGUGUUGUCUCUGAUGACAGUGGAGCUGUUCGGCAUGAUGGGGCUGAUUGGCAUCAAGCUUAGCGCCGUACCCGUGGUCAUCCUCAUUGCUUCUGUGGGCAUUGGUGUGGAAUUUACCGUCCACGUGGCGCUGGCCUUCCUUACUGCCAUAGGAGACAGGAAUAAGCGGGCGGUUCUGGCCCUGGAGCACAUGUUCGCCCCUGUAUUGGACGGAGCCUUCUCAACCCUGCUUGGAGUGCUCAUGCUGGCAGGAUCCGAGUUUGACUUCAUAGUCAAGUAUUUCUUUGCUGUAUUGGCCAUCCUGACCGUGUUGGGGGUCCUGAAUGGCCUGGUGCUGCUCCCGGUCUUAUUGUCCUACUUCGGCCCUUAUCCUGAGGUGUCUCCGGUGGACGGACGUAGCCGAUUGCCAACUCCAACUCCAACUCCAGAACGUUAUCCUCCAGUGGUACACUUCACCAUGCAGCCCAACCACACCACCACUUCAACAACUGGAACUGGCUCAGACUCGUCAGACUCAGAAUACAGCUCCAACUCCACGGCCUCGGGCGUCAGCCAGGAGCUCAAGCACAACAACCUCCAGGCCAGUAGGGGGAGAGGCCCUAGAUCCGAAUGUGAUAACAUGCAGAUUAACAUCGGGCCCGAAAUAAAUGUUAAUCAUACAGAGCAAAGCAGUUCAUCUUCUCACCCAGCUGGGAGAAAUGAUUCCAAGCAUCAGAAUCAGCAGCAGCCACCACAUUAUCGCUCCACUCACCCUCCUCACACUCAGAAUGCAGGACCUCCGCUUUCUCGUCGACACAUUGGCCGGGAACCCAAGCGGGAUGUUGGGCCCAGACAGGCUCCUCCCCCUCAGAGGCGGCGCACGGACGCAUUUGAAAGUGCCGGCCCAUAUGGGCCCAGAGAACAUUCGGCGGCCCGCCAGCCUCACUCCCAUAACACUUACUCUCACUCCAUGCACCCCGGCUCAGGCCCUGCCUUCUGCCAGCCCAUCACUACUGUGACUGCAUCAGCCUCGGUUACAGUGGCUGUGCAUCCAGGCGUCCCUGGCCAGAGCGCCCCCUACCCCUGCUACCCUUCCAGUGACAGCUACCGCACUUCAGAGGGAGCUUACGCUCAUGACUCGCACUUCCCUGACCCGCAUGUCCCCUUCACAGAGCAGCGCUAUAGUGCAGACUCCACAGUGGAGGGCCUCGAGCUGCAGGAUUUAGAGGUCACUUCUCACACUGAGCACCACACGAGUGCCUCCAGCUGAGUGGCUAAAAUGUUGAAGCACAACUGGCCAAAGAUGGACAUGCGCUUUUUGAAGUGAAGGAGACACGGUGCUGCAGAGCGAGGGCACUUGGCGGUGCUUCACUCUGUUACUGUAUAGCUCUAAUAUACACCUACCUUAGAUAAAUCUAUAAAUAUUUAAAAAAUGUGUACACAUGUAAAUACAGGUGAAAGUAGCUAUAAUUGGACCUGGCUCAGUGUCAUCAGACUGGGCAGCGUGUGGAUGGGUGUGUGUGUGUGUGUGUGUGUGUGUGUGUGGGUGGUUACUGUCCCUCCAUUCAUGUGUGUAUCUGUGACACGAGGAAGCUUUGACACACUUUUCAGCAUCCACAUGUUGCUGCUUGAGAUGAUGUUGUAAUGUACCUGUAUAAUUCUAUGCAAUUUUAUUUUAUUAUAAGAGUGAGCCAGUAUGUACGUGUAUAUGUGUGUGUGUGUGUAUAUAUAUAUAUAUACAUACAUACAUAUACAUAUAUAUUAUGUAUGAGAGUAUGUGUGUGUGUGUGUGUGUGUGUGUGUGUGUGUGUGCACCCUAAACAAGCAUGUUGAUCCAUUUCAGGGCCUACAAACUGCAUCCUUUCAGCCGGCGUAUUCAAAAACAAAUAACCAAGUCCUCAUUUGGAUUUUUUUUUCACGUCUCAGAAAGUACCCGUGCAUUUCUACAGGGAUUUUUUGUAAACGAUAAUAAUAUAUUAGUUAAUAUAUUAACUGUAAUAACUGUGUAGUCUUUAUUUUAUGGACAUAUUAUCAGACCUCAUAACACGGAAAUCAGGUCCUUGAAUGCAUCACUGUGUGGGAACUGCGACCCGACACCGUGUGUUUGUGUGGGCGUGCACGUGCACGAUUGUGUGUUUUGUGUGUAUUGAAGUAGAAUGUAAUGUUUUAUACAAAUAACUCGCUUAUCACAAACCUGUGGUAGAUGGUAUAAAAACGAAAAACAGGAAAAAAAACGAAACAUUCGCUGUUAAUCGGUAAGGCACGCCAUGCGUGAGAAUUUCGAAAUGAAGAACGCGUAACGAGCAUUUGCAUGCGGCUCUGCUGUGCUCCACACGGGGAACGUUCCUCUGUCCUUCCGACUCGCUUUCAGCCGGUUGACUGUAAAAAAAAUUACAGUAAAUAACAAUAAUAAAAUGGCCAUUUAGUGCGAAGCCUUGCUUGCGCUCGAGGCUCAGAACUGAAAUACUUACUGUUGAAACAAUAAUAAAGUUGCUUAACAGUACAGGUGCAGUUGUCUACUGACUUGCAGUGGUACUGUACACUCUGUAGCAUUCUCUCCUCUCUUUUUUUUACAAUAGAAUGGCAUUAUAUUUUGUUUAGUUUUUUAUAUUCAAGCUAAUACAGCUCACACUAAUACAGCUAAACCUCACAUGGUGGAACCAGCUGUAGCUUCUCCGACAGCACAGUGACGUUCGCUCACAUUAUAACAUUUUUGAUAAGCUAUGUCGAUGAGCAGCAUGCGGGGUUUGACCACUAAAUGGCCGAACUUGACAAGCUUUUUCUGUGUUUUUUUUUUUUUUUUUUUUGUGGUCCAUCGUCCACCGUCUCUGGCCCCAGUUUAGCACGAGCGGCCUCUCUCCUCUGACCUCAGCUCAUGAAACUCUACAACACGAUGCCAUGACACUAAUUGGAAGUUCCUCCUCGACCGCCAAAUGGCGCAUACAAGCGCUUCUAGGGUCAAAGGUCACGGAGCCAAUUCACUCUGGGUCUGGUGUGUGUUAUGGGUAUACUAUGUGUGUGUGUGUGUGUUUGCGCGCGUGUAUGGUUUUUCCUUCGGCCAAAACACCCCUCCCCUCCCUUGUACGACUUCCUGUUAGACACGUACGUCAGUCUCCACUUUCUUUGUUCUUCCCGUUCUGGCCUUCCGUCUAGCGCUUGUGUGUGCUGCGUGUUUUGUGUUCUCCUGAAAUGUCACAUUGGCAGAAACCGGAGAGAAUCAUUGGCUGGCAACUAUUGUUAUUCAGUUUUUGUAUUGUAUUUUUUUUUUUCUUUUUUUUUUUUGCAAUAUUUAUAUUUUUGUAUUAUAAGAUAUUGUGUUUAAUAAUGGUCGUAAUGCCAGUUGUUAACAAUGCAGGGAUUUUUAUGUCUGUCUAAAAACACUAUUAUAAUUUUGUGUGUCAGUGCGUGUAUGUGUGUGCUCUUUUAUUAAAGGAUUUUGAUGUGUAUAAAGUGCUUACUAAUGUUAAAUAGGUAAAAGAGUAUAUAACAUUUUCAGUACAGAUUCUUCACAGCUCUUAGAGGAUUUUAAAAGGAAAAUGAUUUUUUGUUUUGUUUUGUUUUUUGUUUUGUUUUUUUACUACAAACUGCCAUUUUUUUUUUCCUCGGCCGGUGUGGAUGUAUGUUGUUUUCAGUUACAAAGAUAAAUGUAUGCCAUAUAAUUUAUUUAUAUGAAAAUUUAUUUUUGUAGUGUACAUAGUAGUUGUCAAGCUAUUUGACAGAAGUAUAUUUUUAAAGAGUUUAUAUGUAAUGCUACCAUUGUGUUUCUUUUUUUUAUUUUUUAUUUUUAUUUUGUGAGAACAUAACAGAGACAUUGAGUCAGUAAGGUGCACACUUUCAUUGCUAACUUGUUCUCAGACAGCUAAAGUGCCCUUUUACAGUGUUACCAUAGAACAGAGUGAGUGAACUCUGAUCAAACUGUGCUCGGGUUUUGUGAAAAGCUAGCCAUGAAAGUAGAAUUUAAAAAAGAUGUACUAGCUCUCUAAAUAAUAAUGUUCAAACACUGAUAGAAUUCUAACAAAUAAAAAUAUUAUAACUUA